UUUAUUGAUCCUCCAGCUCGGCUCCAGAGGAGGAGGAAUGAGGGACAGGGAGACGGAGUCAUGCCCGGCAGGACUGCUGCUGUUUAGAAGAGAACAGAGAUUCAUCUGAUCUCAAGACAAGCGGGACAUGUGACGUUAUUCCUGUAGAGAAACUUGUUAACUUUGGCCCACGCUUGUUCAGGAUGUCAAUGGAACGGAGGGCGCUGCUGGAACAGAAGCAGCGGAGGAGGCGUCAGGAGCCUCUGAUGGUCCAACCCAACACGGAGGCCUGGCCGCGGCGCUCCAGGGCGCGGCGCGGUGAGGAGCAGGCCCCGCUGGUGGAGUCUCAACUCAGUAUCAUCAAUGAUGUCAUCAUGGAUGGUAUUGACGGCCCAGCAGCCUUCAUGGGCUCAGAAGCCCCCGAUCUGGGAGCGAAAAUCCAAAUCCUCUCUGUGAGCCAGUCCCAGUCCCAGUCCCAGCUUCAGUCCCAGCCCCAGUCCCCUGCUGCCGAGGAGCCUGAGAGAGACGGAGACACUGAGACGCUGCUAGAGCCCAAGACAGACAUCCAUGAAUUACUGCAGAAACAAGGUCUGUCUGGCAGUAUGAACUUCGAUGAAGCCAGCGAGCAUGAGGACGAUGUGGAGGAAGAGCGGACACGUUCCCUGUCCCCUCACACAGACACCACCAGGCCUGCGUCCGCUGCCAGCGGCAAGGAUGCUUCAGAUGUUGUAACCCCAGGAUCACCCACAGCAGAGAGCUCACUAAUCGAUGUGGCUAACCUAGAGGAGUUUGUCCUGCGUCCGGCUCCACGUGGCGUCACUGUCAAAUGUCGAAUCACUCGGGACAAGAAGGGUAUGGACCGCGGCCUCUACCCCACCUACUUCAUGCACAUGGAGAGAGAAGAUGGCAAGAGGGUGUUUCUGCUGGCAGGAAGGAAGAGAAAGAAGAGUAAGACGUCCAACUACCUAAUUUCAGUGGACGCCACUGAUCUGUCACGAGAGGGAGAGAGCUUCAUCGGUAAACUGAGGUCCAACCUCAUGGGCACCAAAUUCACAGUUUACGACAACGGCACAAAUCCCUGCAAAAACCCCGGGGCUCUGCUGGAAGAGAGCAACACACGACAGGAACUGGCUGCAAUCUGCUAUGAAACCAAUGUGCUGGGAUUCAAAGGACCACGCAAAAUGACUGUAAUCAUCCCGGGCAUGAACAUGAACUUUGAAAGAGUCCCUGUCAGACCUCAAAAUGAGCAGGAGAGCCUCCUCAACAGGUGGCAGAAUCACUCGCUGGACAACCUGAUAGAGCUGCACAACAAGGCCCCCGUGUGGAACGAUGACACCCAGUCUUACGUGCUCAACUUCCACGGCCGCGUCACGCAAGCUUCAGUCAAAAACUUUCAAAUAGUUCACGACAAUGACCCUGACUACAUUGUCAUGCAGUUCGGCAGAGUGGCUGAAGACAUCUUCACUCUGGACUACAACUAUCCCAUGUGCGCACUUCAAGCCUUUGCCAUUGGCCUUUCGAGCUUUGACAGCAAGUUGGCCUGUGAAUGAACCACCGGUUUUCCUUCCACACUCACAUCCUUUCCUGUCCAGGGCGACAGCGACACUGCUUACAGAAAUCAGGAAUGAGUUCACACAGAUGAAACAAAACAAAUAUGAGACUGACAUAAGGACGUUGGUCAGAGGUGUUGCUGCUUUGAUGGCAAAUCCAACACCUCUCUUGAUUCCUGUUUUUUUUAAUGCCAUUUCAUAUCAGUUUACCCAUUGUGUACAGUAUGUGUAUAUGUACCCAUGUACACAAACUAAAAGGGAAAAAGCAAAACACAUGGCUUGCAUCUGUGCUGGGGAGUGGUGCUUUUUUUAAACACCUAUUGCAAAAAAAGAUCUGAUGUUAAAUUUAAGGCCCUGUUUGGAGAUAUGUGAUCUGUGUAUUAAUCGUGUAUCUUUCUGUUGCUUCUGUUGCCUUUAAUAUUUCAUUUCAGUCAGUGUUUCUGGCCAUUCUAGUGGCGUAUCCCUAAGAAUGUUGAUGUCCAUCGAUAUCUCGCUUUGCACAGCACAAACCAUUUUGAAUUACACAACAGGGCCUCUCCUCUGACGCCACCUGCUGGCCAAACUUGAGAUUUUUUUCUUUAGUAAUAAGGAACCGUUUUUCAUCCAUCCAACGUUUUCCUCCUCUGGUGUCUAAUGAACCUUACAGUCUUGCCGCUAGCGUGGCCACAGAAUUUUAAUCUUGUUUACAUCUUCAAAUGUGACUGCAUGAUUUAAUCUGCCAUUUACUUAUAACUAAUUUUGACAUUAUUCUUUAUUAUCAUGUUGUCAUCCCUCUUUUUUUAUUCUUGUGUGGAAGGUGCAUUAUUCAGAACAGACCUGUCUUAUGGUUUUAAGUGUUUUUUUGUGAUUAAGUGUAAUUUUUAUCUUGUGACUGUGAUUUUUCUUUGUCUUAAAGAUAAGUCGGAUUACCAUAAAAAAAGUAAACAAAUGCAGAAUUGCACAUUUUAAGAGAAAAGAUAUACAUACUGUACAUAAAAGACAAGGUAAAGCCUUCUUAUUUGAUUCAUUCUUGCAGUUUUUAAACAACAUAAAUCACUAAAUGUCAUUUCAAGGUAGGGAAUUUCAAAAUAAUGGAAGUUGAUUAUUGAUUCAUCAGACAGAGAUUAUAUGUGGCUACACAAAUACAGAUUUAAAAAGGAAACUACAGGAACUCUGCUGUAUUUACAUUGAGUGCACAAUAUUAAGCAACAUUUUACUGAGUUAAGAUGAAGUUGUCUUCUAACUGUCCAUCUCCUUCCUUUUGAGACGUAAGGGAAAAUUAAGGGAAAUCUGUAAGGGUUAGUAAAGCUUACAUGGCUUUACAUCAUCAUUUAAUGCCUCUUAAUAGUUUCUCCAUUCAUUGUACUGUAUGACUAAAUGACACGAGAAAACAUAACUGAAAACAUCUGUAUAGUACCCAUAUUUAUGGUCUUCAUUGCUACAGAGCCAACAGUAAAUAUAAAUAAUUCAAAAUCGCACUUACAUCUGAAUCUUUUAAAGAAAAAGUCUUCAGUCCUGCUGAAGAUGCUUUUCAGGGACAGAUGUAAUUGCUAUUUAAGUGGGCCUGUCAGAGUCUGUUACCAUCCUUCUUUACAUGCACACUCAAAACAUUUGGUUUUAAAGCAAUUAAUGUUAUAAAUAUUCUCAGAAUAACUUGUGCCAGCGGUUUAUGGAAAUCCUGUUUUGUCAUUUUGUAGUCAAGAUAUUGUGAAGAAAGUGUGCAAUGGAGUUUUGAAGAGAGAGAGAGAGAGAAAAAUUUAUAGAAGAUAUUUUGAAAUAUAUAUGCUUUUACUACAAGAGACUUUGGUGAAACACAUUCCAGUCUGAAAUUUGAAAAACAUACAAUCAGGUAUUUCAACAGGUGAAAACAUGACAACGGAUGAUCAAACUUGUUUAUCAUGUGAAUACACUGAGAGAUGAAUGAAUUCAGUUAACAGUUUAUUUUCAUAAAUGUAACAGAAGUCAAUUUGAUUCUGAACAACAAAGAGGAAAAACAAAAGUGCUUAUUUCCA